AUGAUAAUUGAAGAAAAAAGAAAUAUGUUAAAUAAUAUUCGUAUAAAAGAACAAAAGCUAAUACAGGACAAAUGUGAAAUAUCUAGAAAUGAUUGUGAAGAAUUUAUAAGAAUUGUAAAAAAGUAUAGUAAUUUUUUUGAUAAGAAUGACUUAAUUAAAUAUUGUAAGUCUAAUAAUAUUCCAUUGAAUGAGGAUACUAUCAAUUGUAUGUUUGAAGAAUUGAUCAUUAAUAAAAAGAUAAAAUCCAAUAAAAUCAAUGUAGAUGAUUUAAUUUCCUUAAUUUCAAAAAAAAAAAAGAGAUGCUUUUAUAUACCUAUUGUUACUUAUAUAGGAAAGUGGAAUUAUUUGAUGAAUUAUGAAAAAGAAUUGAAAAAAGAAAUGGAUUUAAAUGAAAAAGAAAAGAAGAGGGAAAAAGAUAAGUUAAAAAAACAAUACAAAAAAGAUGAAAACGAUAAAAAAGAAAAUGAAUUAAAAAGAUAUAUUUCAGAAGAUAAAAUAUUCAUCCUUCAUAAUGAUAAUGAUGAUGAUAAUGAUAAUUUAACAUCACUUAAUAAUGAGGAAAUGAUAUUAGAAAAUAGAAAUAUGAAAGAAUAUAAAAAUGACAAUAAUUAUUUUGAAAUAAAAGAAAAUAUAAAUAAUAACGAAAAUCACGAAGGAAAAAUUUUAAAAGAAAAAUUAGACAAAAAAAUAAAUAUAGAAUUAUAUGAAAACAAAGAAAAAAAUAAUAAAAAGUCAUUUGUUCAAUCAAAUAAUAAAUAUAAAGAAAAUUCUAGAAAAAUUGAUAAUGUUAAAAUGAAAAAACUUACUUUAAAUGAAAAAAAUAAGAAUAUUCAAGAAAAACAAUACAAAAAAUAUGAAAAAAAAGAAAAUGAAAAUUUGAUUGAAUCAAAUGAUAAAAAUGAAGAAAACAAAAAAAGUUAUUAUGAAUUAUUAUUACAAAAGGUUCUAAAUAAUAAGCAAAAAAAAUGUAAAAAAAAGGAAUAUUUAAAGUCAUUUCAUUUAGUUAUUCAUUUUAAAUUAAAUGAAUUAAUAUAUAUUUCUUAUUUGAUUGAAAAAUACUAUAAUUAUUAUAAUAAAAGAGAAUAUUAUGAUUUAAUUGAUAUAUAUGAAGAAAUUAAUAAAAGAAAAAAAAAAAAUAAAGAUAUUUCGAAUAAUAGUGAAAUAGAUUUAAUAAAUAAUAAUAAUUUAUUAUAUUAUAUAGAAAAGAAUUUAGAAUGUACCUGUAAUGUUAAAGAUAUAAAUCCUUCUGAUAUUUUUACAAGAUAUGAAGAAGAAAGAAAAAAGAAAGACAGAAAUAUAUAUAAUAAUAAUACAAGUAAAUAUAUAAAUAGCGAUUUAUUAACUAACUAUAGGUUUAUAGAAAAAAAUUUGUAUGAUAUAAUGAACUCUGUUUUAUCCAAUAUAAAUUUGUUUUUUAAUCAAAAUAUUAAUGACGUUGAAAAAUUAAAAAACCAAUAUGAUACCGUUAUUAAAAAUAUUGAUAAGUAUGAUGAUUAUUCAAAUUUCACUAAGGAAAAUGUAAAAGAAGAAAUCUUUGAAAAAAAAAAUGAUUCUGACAAAAGUGAUAAAUAUAGCAAUGAAAACAACUCUAAUGAAAAAAUAGAAAAAGUGUUUAAUAAAGAUCAAUUUUAUAAAGGAAGUGAUGAGAUAUUUAAUGAUAAUAUAAAAAUUGAGAAAAAUUUUGAUAAUAAUAAUAUGAAUAAAACAAAUGAAGAAAAAUUCAGUGAAAAUGUUAGAAAUGAAAAAAAUGAGGAAAAAAUUAAUAAAUAUAAAAGUAUCAAAAAAAAAGAAAGUAAUUUUAGUAAGUUAAAUACAAAAGAAAAAGAAACAACUGACAUCAAAAAAGAAGAAAGUUUAAAAUACAAAGAAUAUAAAUUAUUUAAAGUAAUGUUGAAAAAAGAAAAAAAGGUAAACAUUAAAAAGUUUGAAAAAUUCAAUUCAAAUAUAAACACACCAAAAACUAAUGAUUUUGAAUAUGAAGAAAGGAAAUUUGAAUCAGAUUAUGCAAUUAACUAUUUAAACUUAAAAUAUAAAAAGGAAGAACUAGAAAAAUUACAAAAUAAAAACUUAAUAUAUUAUUUAACAAAUGAUAUAUAUCAAAUUAAUAUAUUUAAAAAAACAUAUUUUUAUGAUUUUUUUUUUAUUUAUUUAUUCAGAAAAUUAUUUUGGAAUAUUCUAGCACUUUAUAAUUUAUAUUUAGAGAAAUAUAAAAUGUACAAUUAUAAUUUUUAUGAUGAAGAUAAAAAAAAAAAAAAAUACGACAACUUAAUUAUAUAUGAAAGUGAUGUUAGCUUAAAUAAUUCAAAAAAAAAUAAAAAAUUUCUUUAUAACACUAAUGAGUUAUUGUGUAAUAAUUUAACAAAUUUAUUUGAAUUAAUUAAAAAAGAAAAGUUACUUAUAUAUCUAAGGUAUGAUGAAAAUAAGAAAAUUAAAAUUAAAAACAAAACAGAAUAUAUAUAUAGGGAUAUUUGGAUAUAUUUAAUUUUAACCGCGUUAAAAAAGAAUUUAAAAAAUUUUAAUUUUAAUAAAUUCAUACAUUUUCAAGAACUUAAAGAUAUAAAUUAUUCUUGA